GUAGAAUCUUUAGAUUUUGUCACCGAAGCACAAGGGUUCCGAGUUAGUAGUAUAGACGGUAAAGUUUCGUUUCCUGUCAGCUGCUAUUACAGGGCGAACAAAAGAGGAGCACCACGAAUUGAGCACUAUGAUAACGACAGCCGCAAGGUUGUGCAGGCAUGCAAACAUUGUUUUUUAAAUGGGACUGAAAGUGUUGUUUCCUGUGAAGAAUGCAAAGAAGAAGGAAUUGUGUGCGACGAAUGUGAACAAGUUGGGCAUACAAGUAUAAUGCCGAUAGAACGCAAGUGCACUCGUUGUCAGGUUAGCAAGUUGGAGUGAUAUCGGUUACAAGAGUUGUUAUGGGUGUCUGACUAAGAAGCCUCCCAGAGAAGCCAUAUGUCUAGUAUCGCAAAUGAAGACACUAGAGUUCCUGUUCCAGACCCUCCGCACGUUCUUAAGCUAGUAAGGAGUGGGCUUUUCAAUUAUUGGUUUCUACACGGAAACUAUCUCAUUAACCUGAAGCUGCUGCGUUCUGCCAGAGAGGAUUCCAACCAGGCUAUUUCCAAGCCAAUUGCACAGUCACUUCCCCGCAGCUGUAUACGCAACAAAGAUCAAAUGAACAUGACGACUGCUGUAGGCCUCUUUAAAGAGAACCUGUUAAAUGUUUUGCCAGAUGACCCAUUAGUUUGCACCCUUGUUCCAGAACAGGACAGACUUUGGCGGCAAAACCCAGCUAAGAGCAUCUUAAAAUUUCCCACUGCAGUUGCAUUUUCUUCAAAACACAGCAUCCUGAUCAUUACAGAUAAAGCUAAAUCAAUGGUGUACAUGGCGAAUAUGCACAACCGGGUGUGCAUCAUUCCGACUGCAGGUCCAGGUGUUGGAAUUUGCAGUCCAACUGGCUUGGCUAUCAGGGACAACUACGUGAUCGUUGUGAACUCUGGCGCACAGACAAGCUUUAAAGUCGUUGACAUCGCCCCAGUUUUAAAGAAGAGUAGAGCGUUGCUACAGAUUGAGUUGGACAAUGGUGACGAAAUGGGAGAUGAAGAAGGCAGUAUCAGGACAGCGAGAGUUAAGGUUCACGACUUCCAGCUUUGGUCAAGCGCAGAGAAUUUAAACAUUGGCAAGAUUAUUUCAUUAACGUGUGAACCAAAUGGUGAUAGAGAGCAAAUGACUGCUAACACUACUUUGUUUGGAUUGUCUUGCAAUAAAUCCAUUUACAAGUUUUGCGACUUUGGUACAGAUCAAUCGCGCAACCGAUUCAAGAUGAGAGCAGAGAAUUACUAGGCCUUUAGCGGCGGCGAACAACCAUUAUAUAUAUACCAGGGUCUUGAUAGAAUUUACGUCAGUCUCCACAAUAAUAAUAAUAAUAAUAAUUUACAUUUAUAUAGCGCAAAACUCUAUAUGAAUAUAUUCGGUUGCGCUUUACAAUAUUGUUAUAUUAAAUUUAUGUUAAAGGUGACUAAAGCAUGAGCAACUAUUAAAAACUACAAUAAAAAGUAUUAAAAACUAUAAAUAAAAAUAAAUAAAUAAAUAAUGAUAAUAAUUUAAAAAAAAAAAAAAAAAAAAAAAAAACUAUUAUAAAAGCCAACAAUUAAAUCUAUUUAAAAGCUAAAUUGAAAAAAUGAGUUUUAACAGCAGUCUUAAAAGUGUCCAAUGUCUUCAUGUUGCGAAUUUCCGAAGGUAAUGCAUUCCAGAGAUAAGGUGCAGCUGACUGGAAUGCACGAUCGCCAAGAGUUGGAUGGGUCUUAAUGCAUGGUAACUCGAGGAAUAUAGACUCAUUUGACCUUAGAGAGUACUUGGAUUGCUUUUUGGUAGUAAUGAAAUCAAUUAGAUAAUUAGGAGCUUGACCAUAUAAGCACUUAAAUGUCAAAAGUAGAAUCUUAAACUUUAACAACUUUAACAACAAGGGCAUCCGAUGCGUACAGCAACUCAACCAGGUCCGAGUCAUUGAUGUCUUUGAGAAAGCACCAUCUUUAGUACUAGGUAUGACGAAAACCUCCGAAAAGCUAGUAUUCUUCGAUGCAUCUGACAACACUCUUAAUUAUUUCGUUGAUAGCAAAGUGACAGUAACAUUGGGUGAAUCAGAAGGUUCUCGAGAUGGUUUCUCACCUUGCUUCAACUCUCCAUCACACAUCACCUCAUAUCAAAAGAACACCUUCGUUUGCGAGGUAAACGACAAGGCCCUGCGUUUGGUGUCGAGUAUGAGUGUUUACAAGCAAUUUGGCAGGGAGCUCUCGGCCUUUAUAGACCUUUUCCAGCUAGAUGAAGAUUUUUCCUACAAGGGAGCAGGGACAACACUGGACGAAGGAAUUGCGACACUGAAAGACCUUCCGACCACAAUGAACACUAUAGAACGAGCGGCUUACUUUCGCACAGGGAAGCGAUGUCCUCAGGGCCCAGAUCUGGCACUCACGAAACCUUGCAGAGAUUCCUUUUCGAUGCUUCUGAAGUCGUUCAAGAAAGUAAGGGAGAUUCUUGAUGACUUUGACCACUUAAAAGAACCGCUUUUGUUUUCUUCCUUCACCACCUUAGGUUUUUGGUUAAAAAGAAAAUGAAACAGCACUUUAUCAAAGAUUACUAGACAUCUGUACAUUGUCUGGGUAACUUUAAAAUGGAAAUAAUACUGUUUUGCAAUGUAUGAAUUUUAGUCUCUUUAUAUACUGGUAGUUUACUUAACUAUUUGUUUGUGUUUCUCUGUUUUCUUUGUCCUUGUGUCCCUGACCUAAACAUUUAAACAUCUUUUCUUUUAACUGGCUGCCUGCCAUUUUUAACUCUUAGGUUAUUUCGGGCAGCCAGCGCCCCUAUCAUCGUCUGUACUAUUGUUAUUUCUUGUAUAUUAUGGGGUGAAAUAAAGUGUUGUUGUUUAAUUGUUGUUGUUGUUUGGAGCAAUUCUUUAGUGGAAUGAGAACACCCGCUCGCCCAAGCCCCCUGAGUUGA